GUUGGUGUUUGUAUCGCAACUCAUUCAGAGUAAACGUGUAGCCCGACAAAAAAGGGGCCACUUAAUGUCAUAGAGUUUUAAUUCCGAAGGGAGGUACCUAACAGUUGCAUUCGAACAAGAAUUUAGCAGAUCAUUUCGAAUAUGCUAGUAUAAGUUAGCUAGCCAGCCAUGCAAAAAUGCUGCCAUCAUUUUUCUGUGUAUUGUCUUCAGCUUCAACAAUUUGUGCGUGAAUUAAUGAGUAGCUAGUCAUGGCUAGGCUUAGCAAGAAAACGCCGUCGGUAUGCACGGAUAACCCACUGAGCAAAAGUGAAGUCAAUCGCAAAAUUACACUAAUGCGUGAGAUACUCGAUUCUUCUUUCGGUCCGAAUGGAAGACUGAAGCAGAUCCACAACAACGUCGGAGGUCAUGUGCUGACUACUUCCACCUCUUCAUCUUUGCUUCAAGCUUUUUACUCCUCGGAGCCGUUACUGAAACUGAUAAAUGCGUCUAUUCUCAAUCACGUAUCUCGGUUUAGUGACUGUGGCCUGUACGUUGGGAUACUGUGCCUUUCCCUCAUUAAGCAUGUUCAAGAGUCUGAUUUGAGACCGAGCGUUGCAAUCUCAAUGAACAAGCACCUACUGGAGCUAUGUACCAGUUAUCUCAAACACGAGGACUGCAACUGUAAAGUGACAAUUGACUUAGGGAGCUGUCGUAGCUUGGUGACACUAGCCAGGAGCGUCAUCUCCAGCAAACCAGGCAGUAUGUUGACUGAAAAAGAAAAACAGCAUAUAGGCACACUGACUGUCCAUGCCUUCCUUCUCACUGUCCCUGAUGGCGAGACAUCAGACACUGUUCGUCUAGGUAGGACUGUAAUGGUGGCCAUGGAGGGCCAGUCUGUACUUGACUCUGCAGUGUUCCAUGGAUUGUUGGUGGAUGUCCCAGACGUUCUGCUUCAUUCCAUCCAUGCUGAGAGAAUAACACUGAGACCCGGUCCCUUCCGAUUGGCUCUCUUCUCAGUGUCUCUUUCUGGGGAUCUUUCUGCCCUUGGCAAGGGGUCCCUGGAGGUGCCAAGUGGAGCCCCUGACCCAGAAGAUGUGGUUCUGGAGCAGCUGCUGGGCCUCGGGGAGCAGGUGGUGAAUAACCAGGUGGAUGUGUUCAUGUGUCAGAGAGUGAUCCACCCGGUCCUACAGCAGUACCUCAGAAAGCAUGGGGUCCUGGUCAUAGAGCGACUCGGCAUUGCACUCAUCGAUCCCAUUGUUCAAAUGACAGGGGCUCAAGCGGUGGCUUCGUACCAGACCCCGAUCUCUCCAGAGGCCUACGGCCAGGUCAAAGGUAUCUGUGUACGGACUGUCGGACCCAGGAUAUUGCUUCACCUCCUGCCCCCUGAAGAACCAGCAUCAACCAUAUGCACCAUGGUGGUCUGUCAUCGGAACGAGACGAUGCUUAACGAACUGAAGUCUGCAAUCCAGAAAGCAGAGCAUGUGUUGAGACUCACAUUAAGAGACCCAGUGGCUCUGCUAGGGGGAGGAUGCACUGAGACACUCCUGGCUGCCUACUGCAGAAACAAGGGCACCAGCGAAGCCAUGGACGCCUCAUCCUCCAUGGGAGUGUCUCGGUCAGAGUACCUUCUGGGGCUCCAUGCUUUCUGCCUUUCCCUGGAGUCUGUGGCCCUGGCCCUGGAUCACGAUGGGGGAACCAGCCUCAUAGACCUCACCCAUGCCCACUGCUGGUACAUACCCAGCGGUCAGGCCCCUCAGUCGGGUACUCUUCCCCUGGUUGAGACCUCCCAGUGGGGCAAUGAGGCUCCACCCACCUGUGGGUGUGGCAUAGUGGAAAGGAGGACCAGGCCUGAGCAGGGGAUGGGGCUGGAGUGGACUCUGCUCAACUGCAGGUACCCACCAUUCACUCCUACUCCCCUGGUUGGAGACGCCACCUCUGCCCCUCAGCCCCGGGUACUAGACUCCUUCACAGCUAAAUUCAAUGCUCUGCAGGUUGCUGUGGAAACGGCUAAUCUGAUACUGGGCAUCAGAUUCAUCAUCCAAGAUGUCAACUGACACCGUCUCUUUCUCUCCCUACUUGAUUAAUAAUGUAUUACAAGUAUUAGGAUUGUAUACAUUAUUGGGGCAUUUAGAAAAGGACAUUGUUACUUUAACUUUAUGGUGUGAUCACUUUCAGGAAUAGAGUGCAUCAUAUAAAAGAUAGGGUAUGUAUUUUACCCCUCCUAGAACAGGUUAGACAUGGAUAGUAGCCUUCAGGAUCAUUACGGCAUCUGUUCCAACUUGAGCAACAUCUUUGAGGCCGUCUCCAUGUUAAAUUAGUCUGUUUAGUAGAAAGACUUUGCUAAUCCCUCCCGAUGACAAGGUUUGAGUCAUGAUGACUUGACAAACUAGGUUAUCAGGAUAGUUUCGCCAAUGACUUGGAAGUCACACCUAGUAGAUUGCAUUAAAAUCCAAUCAAAUAGAUACCUUCAAUUGCAAAGUCCAUGCUUGAAUGUGUUUCUUAAUAAUAAUAAUAAUAAAUUUUAUUUGGCAAACGCCAUUCUGAACACUCAAAAACAUCUGAUAUAGUAAAUACAGCAUUCACACAUACAGGAAAAACUACAACCUGGUAUCUCAAAGGACAUCUUACAUAGUAAACACAGCAUUUACAGAUACAGGAAAAAUUACAACCUGGUAUUGGUUGUAGUACAGUGGGGUGUAACAAAACAUGUAAAAUAAAACUACAGGUUAAAA